CAGUCUUGUUGACUGCUGCUCGUCCUGCUUCAGCCAUGGCGGAUUAACUCUUAUAUUGUAGAGAGAGAGAGAGAGUGAAGAAAAGAAGAAGAUGAAGGUGACCCAUCUCCUCAAACUGUUAUGGCUCUCAUGGGUAUCCAUUGCUUCUCUCCGACGUUGCUUCUGCAUCAGCGACUCCACUCUGCAACUCAACGACGAUGUAUUGGGUCUAAUCGUCUUCAAAUCAGACCUUUACGACCCAUCUUCGGCUUUCAACUCCUGGAGCGAGGAUGACAACAGCCCAUGUUCUUGGCAGCAUGUACAAUGCAAUCCUGUCACCGGUCGUGUCACCCAAGUGUCACUUGAUAACUUGGGCUUAUCUGGAAAGAUUGGAAGAGGACUUGAGAAGUUGCAGAGCUUGCAAGUAUUGUCUCUGUCGCAUAACAACUUCACAGGCAAUAUCAGUCCUGAGCUUUCAAGUGUUUCCAGUCUCAAUAGGUUGAAUCUCAGCCACAACAGUCUUUCUGGUAUCAUUCCCAUUGAACUAGCUUCUAUGGUUGGUUUGAAAUUUCUGGACUUUUCAGAGAAUUCUCUAUCUGGGCCAAUCCCUGACAAGCUGUUUGAUAAUCUCUCAUCUCUUCGAUUUGUUUCCUUUGCUGGUAAUUUCUUGGAAGGGCCCAUUCCAAGUUCUCUGUUCCAAUGUUCCUCUUUGGCUUUUCUAAAUCUGUCAAACAAUCAUCUUUCGGGGAACCCAAGUUUUGUUAAUGGGAUUUGGUCAUUGACAAGGCUUAGAAUCUUGGAUCUUUCUCACAAUUCCUUCUCUGGUUCUGUUCCUGAUGGGGUCUCAGCUCUACAUAACUUGAAAGAGCUUUACUUACAGGGGAAUCGCUUCUCUGACUCCUUACCCUCCAAUAUUGGAUUUUGCCCCCAUUUGUCUCGAUUAGAUUUCAGUGAUAACUUGUUCACAGGCGCUCUACCCAAUUCCUUGCAGAGCCUUAAUUUCCUGAGCUUUCUCAAAUUAUCAAAUAACAUGAUGACAGGAAAUUUUCCUUAUUGGAUUGGUGAUAUGAGCCAUUUGGAGUUCUUGGACUUCGCAGGCAAUAGCUUUUCUGGAUACCUUCCGGAAUCAAUUGGUGAUUUGAAACAGUUGAAUUAUUUGAUUCUAUCAGAUAAUCAACUCACAGGAGAGGUCCCUGUAUCACUAGCUUACUGUUCUAAGCUUUCUGUGCUUCGUUUGAGGGGUAAUGGCUUCAAUGGUAGCAUACCACAAGGUCUGUUCGAUCUGGGUUUGAAAGAAAUCGACCUUUCGAAGAAUGGGUUUGAUGGUUCAAUCCCACCUGGUUCAAGUCCACUUUUUGAUUCUCUCCAGAUAUUGGAUCUGUCAAACAAUAAGCUGAGAGGAGAUAUUCCAGCUGAGAUGGGUCUCUUCUCCAACUUGAAAUACUUGAAUUUAUCUUGGAAUUAUGUACAAUCAAGUUUGCCUCCUAAACUUGAGCUUUUCCAAAAUCUAAAAGUGCUUGAUCUACGGAACAACGCUAUACAUGGGUCGAUCCCAGAGGAUUUAUGCAGCUCCAAUGGUCUUUCAAUCCUGCAACUAGAUGGAAAUUCAUUGAGUGGCCCAAUACCAGAAGAGAUUGGGAACUGUUCAUCUCUUACAUUGCUGAGCUUGUCGCAUAACCACUUGAAUGGUUCCAUCCCAAAAGCAAUUUCAAAGUUGAAUAAGCUCGCAAUUCUCAAAUUGGAAUUCAACGAGUUAAGUGGCGAAAUACCACUGGAGCUUGGUAGGUUGGACAAUCUUCUUGCAGUAAAUAUUUCCUAUAACAGGCUUGAAGGAAGGCUUCCUAUGGGAGCAAUAUUUCAGAACUUAGACCAAAGUGCUUUACAGGGGAAUUUGGGCAUCUGUUCACCCUUGUUGAAAGGACCCUGUAAGAUGAAUGCCUCAAAGCCAUUAGUCUUUAAUCCAUUUGCCUAUAACAUUCCAAUGAACAGUAACAACACUCUUCCUGAAUCCUCUAAUUCUUCAAGAAUCCGGGACAGAAAAUUCCUCCGUUUUCCUACAAUUAUUGCAAUUGUUGCUGCUAUUUCGAUCGUAAUUGGAGUUUUAGUGGUAAGCCUACUCAAUGCUUCCGCACGCAAAAAUCUGUCAUUUGUCGAUACUGCCUUGGAGAGUAUGUGCUCAAGCUCUCAAAGAUCUGGGAGUUCUGCCACAGUGAGGUUUACUCUGUUUGGUUUAAAAUCAUCAGAAGAAUGGGUGAACAAUCCAGAAUCCCUACUUAACAAGGCUUGUGAGAUUGGAAAUGGAGUCUUUGGAACAGUCUACAAGGCUUCCCUAGGUGAAGGUAGAAUUGUAGCCAUUAAGAAGCUCACAACAUCUAACAUACUCCAAUGCCCAGAUGAUUUCGACAGAGAAGUUCGAAUCUUAGGAAAUGCAAGGCACCCAAAUCUUGUUACACUGAAAGGAUAUUACUGGUCUCCUCAGUAUCAGCUUCUGAUGUCUGAUUAUGCUCCCAAUGGUAGCUUACACUCCAUACUUCAUGAAAGGUCUGCAUCAUCCACCCCUCCUCUUUCAUGGGCUAACCGAUUCAAGAUUAUACUCGGAACAGCGAAAGGACUUGCUUACUUACACCAAUCUUUCCACCCACCAAUCAUCCACUACAAUCUAAAACCAAGCAAUAUCAUGCUUGAUGAGAACUACAACCCAAAGAUUUCAGAUUUUGGGUUGGCAAGGCUUCUCACCAAGCUUGACAAACAUGUGAUAAGUAGCAGGUUUCAGAGUGCAUUGGGUUAUGUUGCACCAGAAUUAGCAUGCCAGAGUCUAAGGGUUAAUGAGAAAUGUGACAUCUAUGGCUAUGGAGUGAUGAUCUUAGAGCUUGUGACAGGAAGAAGGCCAGUGGAAUAUGGAGAAGAUGAUGUGGUGAUACUGAGUGAUCAUGUGAGGGUACUGCUUGAGCAAGGGAAUGCACUUGAUUGUGUUGAUCCAAGCAUGACUGAUUACCCAGAGGAGGAAGUCUUGCCAGUUCUAAAGCUGGGUUUGGUAUGUACCUCUCAAAUACCUUCAAGUAGGCCAUCCAUGGCAGAAGUGGUGCAGAUACUACGUGUUAUCAAGACACCAGUUCCACAGAGGAUGGAAAUGUUCUAAGGUUUUAACUUGUAACAUGUUUCUUAUUAUUUGAUGAUAAUAAAAUCUACCCUUAGUUGUCAAGUUUUUCUCUUGUAUGCAAUUGCAAGCAAUGUUCUUCAUAUUUUGUAUCAAAUCUUUUCAAAGGUUUU